AUGAAACUUCGCGAGAGUAUUCGACGGCCAGAGCGCUUCGAUCGUGAACAACUAAACACACCAUUACAGAAGCCUUUGCGUGAGCCCAGAAGUUGGAGAACGUCUCGUUACAUCGAUUAUGAUCCGAACCUACCCCCAGCAGUGUUCCCUACUCUUGAGAGACCUUACAACACUCAUUUGGGUGAUGAUGAACCACAGCCAGCAGGCCUUGAAAGGAGUGAUGAGCCCGAAAAGGUGCAGUGGGAUGGCGAUUCAGAUGACCUUGACGGCGGUAAUGACCAAGCUAAAGAAACGUGGGAGAUGCUCGAAGAUGUUCCAAUAGAUUUUCUUGAGGACCUCAUCGUGAGCAAUGGGGAUUUGAACUCUGUCUAUGUCAGAAACAUGACCAAGAUGGCAACGGCAGGACGAAAGCCAGCCAGCCUCGUGGAAAUGGAGGACAGCGAGCCCGAUGAAACGAUGGCCGAUGUUGGUAUGCAGGGAACAGAGCCUGCUAGCAUCACCCACGAUCCUGAAUGGCGUGACCUUUCUCCGAGGAUGCAGGUAGAGAUUGCCGGGAAUAUGAGCCAACAUUGUAACUGGUCUGCAGUCUAUAGUAGGCUGGGUCUAUCUGCAAGAGAACGAGAGGAGCUUCAAGGAUACGUGAAGCAUCGUGACGCUCAAAUUGAGCUGGAGAACGUGGAGCUGCACGCAAUGCGGGCGAUACAGCUCAGAGCACUCCUACGGGUGGACAAUAGCUCUGAGAGACGCAAUAGGAUACCCCACAAUCUGGUCUUUCGGAAGAUUUCACGGCAGAAAACUCGCAGGCUCAUAGAUCAUUUGCACACUGACUACUUCUUGUGUGGCGCUAGAGAGAUUCUCAACGCUAGGAGAUUUUUGGAAAGACGAGGGCUGGAUCGACGGUAUGCUGGGGAGUGGAGUAGCAGCAUAUUGACCAUGCAAAGCAUUCAGGACAAAUCUAAGCUAUGCAAUUUGAGGGUCGGCAAUCGUGCAGCUGUUUCUGCGCCGGCGGCUUCGACAAGGCGCCGUCAGAUCCUCACCCCUGAUCGUGUGCUUCGAUCUGCUAAUCAUAGGAGAUUAGCGUCGACUCUUUCUCCCCAGAAGAUGAAACAUGGGCCCGAGAUUCCUUAUUCCAAUGGCCUGGAGCAGAUCCCAUCGCAGAAUCAGGAAAGGAAUGCAUCUGCACGUAGCAGGCAACUGAUCGUUCGGUUGAAAAUUGGCAGGCUACGAGCUGCCCUUUUCCGACAAUGGGAGUAUUUUGCCCAUCCACAAAGAUUGAUGAGAUGCUUUCCCCCGCUUGAUGUCUUCUUCUUGUCUUCGAAUCAGCCUGAACGAGUUGAUGAUAGCACAACUACGACAGUGAAUCUGACGACAACUCCAGGUCAAUCAGCUCUAGACAGUUUUACUCAAUCACUGCGCGGCGCUACUAAUAGAAACCGGGCCUCAAAUCCGAUUGAGCUCGACCAAACGUCUCUGCUUGCAUCUUGGAUCAGUUACCGACAAAGGCUGGAGCAGGCCGGGUUUGAAUCAUCGUCCAGCGACACUGAAGAAGGGUCUGAUGUGGACAUGGUGGACGACGGUGGCUCAAGGGAUAUCGUUGCCAAACUUAGAACUCAUAACGCUUAUGCCACUCCAUCACAGUCAACAACGCCCAGCAAAUUCAUGUCACCCCACAGAUGUGAAAACUUCUACAUGGAAGAGGAGAAUAUGGUGCCUUUCAGCGAAACAAAAACUCCACGAGCUGUUUCUGUCUUCGAGAGUCCUGGGAGCAAUAUCUGGGAAGCCUUCUCAGACCCGGAAGGCAAUUGUUCACCAAUGACCCUGAUGAGCGCGGUGACCACGAUUGUGGAAAUGUUCAAGGACGAGCCUAUUGAGCAGGUUGAUGAUGAAUGGGAAGAAGAAGCUGGAGAAGGGGAUGAGGAUGAGAUGGUGCUGGUCCCAGCUUCCGGACUGAUGGCAUCCCCAAAUUAG